AUGGUCAUGGAUGCGGCCACAGAAGCAGCAGUGUCUCAGCUGCUUGGGAGCUCUUUGGAGCUGAACGUUAAAGUGAGCAAGGUUUUGACGUUGCUGCUUGAAAAGGGUGUGGCGUACAAGGCCAUGCUUGAGCCGGGAGCAGUGCUCUGCCACCCAGACAACCGUGGAGGGCUCAUGCUGAAUCCUUUCGAUGUGCACUCCAAAGGAGCAGUCAUGCUUAAAGUGGGCUGCAGGCUUGAAGCCCUGCAAGACGCUUGCUGCUUUGAGCUGGCCCAGGACUCAGGGGCAAGGGAGCUGCAGUUUCUUCGCAACUGCGAGCUGGUUGAGAACUCGAACGGCCUUUUGUGCCCGGUGUCGCGAAAGGAACGGUACCUCAGUGUGUCAUGCUCGCACACCGUUGCCUUUUGCAGAGCUUGCCUGCAUGGACUUACCUCUCCUGAGGAAAGUCUGCAACCCAACUUGGGCUCAGUCCUCGCAGCAAAGGGAGCAGAGCACCCCUUUGCUGUGAUGUGCAAGAACGGCUGGGAAUGGUUGGUCUUGCCGAGCGACGUGGAGGCCAGGUUUGGGGAGCUCCCGCAGCUGCUUCAGCAGGCCAUGAACACCCAGCAGUCUGUGACAAAGAACAUGACGGAGAUGGAAGUGGCCGCCACCAUUGCGUCCUACUACUCGCUGUUAAGACAAAAAGGGGAGCAGGCAGACGUGCUCAAGAAAGCAACGCAGCAAGCAGAGGCCACACAGCCCCAGUGUGCCAAGUAUAUAGACAGUAUCGCCCGUUGGGUGGAGCUUUAUGCUGGAGGCGAAACCUUCCCACUCGUGAAGUUUUUGGCAGUGGCUUGCAAGGCGUGGUGUGGGAGCAUCAUGAUAGGCGAGGAAUUUUUCAGGUCCCUAGCUAAUGCUGAGUUCAAGGGCACGGCGGCGCCUUUUUUGAGAGCAGCUUUCCUCAUGACGCAACUCACCUCCACCAAGGUGGUGGAUGGAGUUGCGAGGCUUUUGCUUCGCUCUGAUGUGGACCGCUUGAGGGCUGCCAAAGCCGCCGGCGGACUGGCUUCUGCAGAAAACGUCCUGAAACAAGGGUGGGCCGCGUACGAGGCCAACCCCAGCACCGACAUGGCCAAGCUCUACAGUCGUCUGAUGGUGCGGGUGUCUUUGGUAGUGUGCCAAAAGGUGAAGCAAGGAAGGGAGCCGAACUUGACUGCGACCACCCCGGAGGAAUGCUUGCAGCUAUUUUUGUCGGAGGUGAAGGGGCAGUCGCCUGCCUCGAGCUCGGCCCCAGCGGCUCCGAAAGCCAAAAGCCCCGGUUCUGAGCCCGUGUCCUUGGCAGAGUGGGACGAUGCUGCAAAGCAUGCCAUGCACAAGAACCCGCACCUGCGGAUAGGCAGCCACUACGUGCACAGGGCCCACUCCGGCAUUUAUGCCUUGAAAAGUGUGGAUGCCACGGGCGCUACGUUCGAAAGCAGGGAUCUUCACGGCGACGUCACGAGUGUGGUGACAGGACUUGAGGAGCUGAAAAGCUGGCGUGUAACCCAAGCCUGCAUGCCGGAGCUGUGCCCGCAAGAUGUGGCUGCGAAGAAGGAGCCUCUGAAGGCUAUGUUGCAGGAGCGGCAUCGCUGCAGAGCACAGGCUGCGCUUUGGCAGGCUUACGAAGACUUCUCCGCGAAGGAGCCCAAGUUGCUUUUUGCAAAGCACCCACAGGCACUGGUGGCAGGCGGCGCAUUCAAGAAGAACAAGCUGAGGCUACUUCCAAUCGGCAUGUUGCGGGUUCCCCCGACCGGCGGGCCUGGCAAGGGCAGCUGCGUUGUGGAGCACGGAAAGUCGCCCUUUGUGGUGGUGCCUCCGAGGCAGAGCACUGAGUGGGAGAAGUGCGCAGCCCUGGUGCCAUACUUCUGGCUGAAGCCGGCUGCGUCGGAGGAGGAUGCAAACAUGACGUUGGUGUAUUUGAGCAUGGGCGACUUGCGGGUGCCUGCGUGGCAAAACACGGAGCCUAUCCGGGAUGGCGAUGUUCUCCUUUGCACGCCGCCGGCAGAGUACUUUGGCAGAAUGUGA